AUGCAAACUAUAAGAUCAAGUCCUGAUGAAGUAAAUAACCUAAUUGAAGCCUCCAAAAAAUUUUCUGCAUCAUUACAUGUCAACGAAAACGAAGAUUUUAGAAGGCAUCAUCGACGGAAAGUUAUUCCAAAAAGGUUGGACCAACAAAAUGAAAAUGCCGCGCUCAUGGAUACAAACGAAUUUAAUCGGCACGAACUCUUUCAAGUUUUAGAUGUUCUAAUCAGUUUUUUGGAAAAAAAAUUAUCUGUCCUGAAAAUUAUACAACCUUUAAUAGACAUAUUUUCUUUCCCAUUGUCCAAAACAGCUAUUAUGAACUAUAAAAAUAUUGAAGCGGCGGUGUUAUUAUAUCAUUCCAAUAAACCCGAUCCAGGUAGUUUACAGGGCGAACUAGAGGUAUUUUUUGAUAUUUGUAUAGAGAAAAAGGCGGCUUUCAUGGAAUAG